UUCCCGACAAAUCUGCGUCGUCGUCUUUGAAGCUCUGUCCGCCGGCGCCGCUACUGCUUCGGCUUCCUUCAACUGAGCUCCAACAUCUCGACCAUUUCUGUAUUCUGAUCAUCUCCCUCAAUCUCCAUCAAUGGCGCCUCUCCUCUCUCCAUCUCAUCCUUCUGGAUUUCUCCUCUCUCCACCCCAAAACCCUUUCCUUCCUCCCUCGCUUCUCCCUCGCUCCUCCCAUUUCUUCCCCUCUCUGAGACUACAAACCUCUUCCUCUGUCUCCGUAUUCGCUGCUGCUUCCAGGAAGGACUCUGAGGCUGUCGCGGCGGAGAUCAAGAAGCAGACGCCGGCGAAGAGUUCUAGCGGGGAGGAGAACAAGGGCACGGAAGUGGUGGUCGAAGUCGAGGAGGAUAUGCCGUGGAUUCAGGAGAAGGCUUUGGACCUGGUCGAGUUCACUGGGUCCGUGACACAGGCGAUUCCCGGUCCCCGAGUCGGGAGCAGCUCAUUGCCGUGGAUGCUCGCUGUCCCCUUGGCUUACGCCGGAGUGACCUUCGUUAUUGCCUUCGUUAAGACCGUCAAGAAGUUUACUUCCCCUAAAGCCAAACGCAAGAAACUGGUGAAUCAAAAUGCAAUGCUUUGCAAGUCAAUAGAUGAGUUGUUUCAGAAAGGUAGAGAAGCUGUUGAUCUUCCCGAGCUUAAGGGACUUGUUCAAAAGACAGGGUUUAGCAUGGAGGAGAUAUUGAGGAAGUACAUUCGAUAUGCCCUGAACGAGAAACCCUUCAAUCCCGACCUUGUCGCUGACCUAAUUCACCUCAGAAAAGCUUCUGGUUUGGAUGAUUCCCAGAUUGCUGAGAUUCUAAAUGAAAUCUCCGGGCGCAUUGUUAAAGAAAAAGGCCCUGUUGUGAUGGAUAUGUCAGGGUUCACCGAAAAGGGGUUCAAGAGAAAACUGGCCGUGCAGACACUUUUCGGGAAAGUUUUCUAUCUGUCUGAGCUUCCGGACUUCUGCUCGAGGGACAGCUCCUUAAUCGUGAAGGAAAUAUUCGGAGUUGCAGAUGAGGACGCAGAAAAGCUGAGGAUACACACUCUCUCGGAGGCAGGAGACUUAGAUUCACUUGAGAAGAUGGUGGAAGAAAACUCUCCAGGUGCAGAUGCAGAUGAUUGAUUCAGAUCCCCCCUUGAUUUUGACCCAAAAAAAGAUCAAAUUCUGAAUACUAAUAGUAUGUUCAUUUCUUCUCCUCUAUGGCAGAGUUCAUCCAUAGUACGGUUGUAUUGUACUUCUCAUGAAGUAUAUAAUAAAAACCAAAAGCAUAUGAGAAUG